AUGAGCUGGGACCUGCUGCUCUGGCUGCUGGCGCUGUGCGCGCUGCUCGCGGUGGUGGUGCAGCUGGUGCGCUUCGUGCGGGCCGACGGCGACCUGACCCUGCUGUGGGCCGAGUGGCAGGGGCGACGCCCAGAAUGGGAGCUGACCGACAUGGUGGUGUGGGUGACUGGAGCAUCCAGUGGGAUUGGCGAGGAGCUGGCUUACCAGCUGUCUAAACUAGGAGUUUCUCUGGUGCUGUCGGCCAGAAGAGUGCAUGAGCUGGAAAGGGUGAAAAGAAGAUGCCUUGAGAAUGGCAAUUUAAAAGGAAAAGAUAUACUUGUUUUGCCCCUUGACCUGACUGACAUAAGUUCACAUGAAGUGGCUACCAAAGCGGUUCUCCAGGAGUUUGGUAAAAUCGACAUUCUGGUCAACAAUGGUGGAAGAUCCCAGCGUUCUCUGUGUGUGGAAACCAGCCUGGAUGUCUUCAAGGAGCUAAUAGAGCUUAACUACUUAGGGACAGUGUCCUUGACAAAGUGUGUUCUGCCUCAUAUGAUUGAGAGGAAGCAAGGAAAGAUUUUUACUGUGAACAGUUUCAUGGGUAUCUUGUCUGCACCCCUUUCUAGUGGAUAUUGCGCAAGCAAGCAUGCUCUUCGGGGUUUUUUUAAUGGCCUCCGAUCUGAACUUGCCACAUACCCAGGUAUUGUAGUUUCUAACAUUUGCCCAGGACCUGUGCAAUCAAAUAUUGUGAAGAAUUCACUAAUGAAUGAUAUCACACAGACUGUCGAUAGUGUUCCAGACCAGUCCUACAAGAUGGCAACCAGCCGUUGUGUGCGGCUGAUGUUAAUCUGCAUGGCCAAUGACUUGAAAGAAGUUUGGAUCGCGGAUCAGCCUUAUUUGAUGCUGGUAUAUUUGGGGCAGUACAUGCCCACCUGGGCCUGGUGGCUGGCUGACAAAGUAGGGAAGAAGCGGAUUGAGAACUUCAAGAAGGGUCUGGUAAGAACAAGUUACACGUCUCUCAGUACGCAUCAGUCUUUAGGAAAGGGUGAAGUUUCCUAGCGUUUAAAAACUUGUCUUACUAACUCGCCACUAAUCUCAUGAUACCAGUACAAAAGACAUAAAAAGUAUUCUGUCACCCCAGGCAUAGCUGUUGGUCUAUUAUAAAUUACUACUGGUCUUGGAGAAAGAAGUUUGCUGCAAGGUCAAAUCAAGUCGAAGAUUGCCAUUUUUCCUUCUGCACUUGCUGUUUGACCAGAGUAUGUGCCACGUGCUCUUCCUCCUCACAGACUCCUACUCAUCCUACAAGUCUCAGCUCCGGUGUCACCUCCUUGGGUUGAUACCUGGCCUCCCAUCUCAUUUCUUCCCAGGACUGCAUGAACCUCAGCCCUGUGCUUACCUUUGUCAAAGCACUUACUGUGCUGUUAAACUGAUGCGCUCUUGCUGGGUAGUGCUGGUUCCUUUGACUUGAUCCAGAAGCACUCUGCUCAUCUGAGAUGUGCCUGUGUCCCUGUGUAAGAAAAUGUGCUGAUCACUCAUACUUUCAACACUCAUUCUUUUAGAAAAGAGGAAUAUUAUGAACAAUUUCUGAGAAAAUUGUGACCAUCAAAAGAGUUUAAUGUAUAAACCGCACAGGAAAUGUCAGGAGUUAAGCCAAAAAUUAUAGAUGUGAUUAUACAAAGAAAGGUUAUUUCUUUGGAUGGUUUUAUUGUUGAAGUAUUUCUUUCAGUGAUACUUUUAGAAAUAAGUCAGUAGGGACUGAUGUAUAAAGAAUUGUAAAAUGGGAUCAUUCCAUAUACAUCAUUAGGUAACCUACCACUAUUUAAGCGACCCAUGAAUUGUUAGCCAUUUAAUUGCUUCAACUUUUUGUAGGACAGUCAAAAUGAAUUAGUGAAAAAAGCAAAAAUGCUUAAAAUGCUUAGAGACGUAAAGGUUAUCAAACUUCCAUGCUGUACUAACCCAUCCAGAGCUUGAAAAAUCCUGAAGGGCUAUACAUUUUCUACCAACUUAUACUAUGACCAGUUUGCUUUGGGCCAAAUCAUAAGUGUUUUGGUAAUGUUGGGGCUAGGUAGUGUAGGGUGGUUAUAAAUGUAGAGCUUCAUCAAAGAUUACAUCUGAGUUUUAAAUUUGGAGUACAGCUGAUAUAGUGGUAUUGUGCCCACUGAUGGAUAAGAGUCCAGAGGGAACGGCCACCUUACUAGAGAGGUGACACAGCAUCCUGGUGCCAGGCUACAUGGGUUGAAAUCUCAGCUCUACUCCAUUCAGUCCCAUGAUCUAAGGCGAUCUAAGGUAAGUUACUUCUCUCUAAGUCAAUAUCCCCAUCUACAAAAUGGAGAUUAAUGAUGACAAUAGCAUCUAGUCAUAGGAUUGUCAUGGAGAUUGAGUUAGUUAGUAUGCGGAAAACUUAAAACACACCGUGGAGUGUUAUACUUACUGAGGAUUAGCUGUUGAUGCUUUCAUUUAGGUGGUACAGGAAUAUUGAACUCACAGAUAGUGAAGAUCAAAGAGUUAAAUAAUAGGGCAGAAAGAUGAUACAUUAUAGAAAUGAUUGUUUCAGAGGGAAAAGAAGGACCAGGGGCUAGAGUUUUAGUCCCACUGUAGCAGAUGUUAUUUUAUUUACACAAUAUCUAAGUGUAAAAUAUAAACAUUCAGUAAAUCUAGCAUUUGAUUACAUCUAACCCUUGCUAACAGUGACGGCCUUUCUCUUCCUACUACUCUCUUUAAUAUAUUGCUUAUUACAUGGUCUUAUUGCUUUAUCACUUUUUUUUUAAUGAUAAACUGGGCAUGAUUUCAUUUCCCACUAUCAUUUCUGAGAGAUUAUACCUCCUUCUUCACACAAUACCAUAGAAACUUUAAAAAAUUGUUUCUCGCUUUUUACUCAAUUCUCUCCUCUGUGCUUCUUUCCUCCACGUUGUUUUCUAUUAUAUAUAUCCAUCUCCUUAUUGUGAUUUGUUUAUAAGUAUCUAAGUUAAGAGAAUGCCAAUAUAGCUUUAUCCCAAACUAAAUGUACUUGGUGAUAAUAUUUGAAUUUGUUUCUGUCCUUGAGGCUAGGAACAGCAUGUCUGGAACUUUGAUGAAUCUUUAUUAUUUUAAGGGAUUAGGAACAAUAGCUGCAUUGAAUUUUGCGUUUUAUUUUUUGUCUUAGUGCAAAUUCUUGGUAGUGGUAAAUGCAUAUCUCGCCAAAUGAAAUGUCACACUCAUCUUAGGGAUGAUUGAGUUACCUUGUUUUACAUUUUAAGCAAUAUUCUAAAAGUUCACAAGUCAUUUUAGAGUUAUCUGUAAAAUAUUUCAAUUCUAAAUAUCUUGAUUCUUUGUAAUUGUUAAGGCAAGUCAGUGUAGGUAUGAUAUGCUGCUCCAGAAGAGUAAUGAUAGAGAUUCUAGCAUUUACAAAAUGACAUGAGCAGAUGCUUACCAGUGAUAGAGGAGAUAAUGAUGUAGAUCUAGAAUUUUAGCUAUGAAUUUUAUUCUAAUUUAAGCAUUUGCCCAGGUUUUAUAAGGAUUCUCUACAGUGAAUCAUAAUUAUAUAGCUCCUUAAAACAGAAGGAAUUGUCCAAAAUUGGGGUAAAUACAAGGAGGGACUGAUUCAUGUUACUGUCACUUUGUUACAGGCUGCAGAUGAUUAUUUUAAAACCUGGAAGAGAAAACAUGACUGACAGAGUACUUGCAUUUUCAAGCCCCUGGAAGGAGAAACAGAAAACAUGAAAACAGCCAUCUUCUUGUGCACAAACGACUAACUUGUGAUUUUACUUCUUAAUAGACACAACUUUCCUUUCAAUAUGUAAUAAACAAUAAAUAAAAGAUUGCUAUGAGUCUUGCAAUAAAGAUGGUAAUAAUACUGCA